UCAAGUAAGAACAAGUUAAACAAAGUAGUCAUAGAGGACAGGAAACAGGAAGCCACGUCGUUGGCUUAAGUAUUAUGAAUUGUCGUCUGCAUGAUGUUGGCUGCUAUUCCACAUUACUCGGUUGAGUUGGUGACAAACUUCAAUCCAAAGCUAGUGAACGAGUUUCAAUCGUCAAAGCAGAAAAAAAAUGUUUUUCAUCCUCUCAAUUUUCAUAUCUUUUGGUUGCGUUUGGUUAUUUCCAUUGAACGAUUGUCAAUCAAGAAGUAACGAUAUUUUGUUUAUCAUUGACUGUCGAAAAGAAGUGAAAGAACAAAUAGAGUUUCUACAAACAGCUACAGAUUAUAUUUUCAAAGAAAGACUAGGCGAGAAAAAUCACACAUUCAUGACAUUUUCGACAACUGGGUUGAUUGAGACAAAUAUAUUAAGCGAUAUACAAAAUGUGACUAUGACUUGUGAUAAAUCAUUUACAAUCAAUGACGUAUUUAAUGUUUCUAGAAUUUGGUUCACGUCUAGACCUAGACCUUUGGUAGUAAUGAUUCUUAUAUCUACAUCUUUGACUUCAUAUUUCAGUGAUGUAGGAAACAUUUUUAAAACGCAAAGGAGAGACACGAACGUUGACAGAUUUUUUGUAUUGUCAACAGGAGACGAGAACUUACAAAAUACUAAUUUAAAUUUUAUGCACGUUUCUCUUACUUUUCAUGACGUAAAUAUUGUUCAAGUAUUUGCUAAAAUUUGUAACCUGGGGUGUUUAAAAUAUCCAUCAACUUUUACUACAGGCAGUGCAAUGACGUCUUAUUAUCAUAUUGCUGAUUAUUUCAAUAUGAGCCAUGAUCAAAGUGUCCAGUAUUGUGCCAAGCAGGCUAAUAGUUAUUUAAUUUCAAUAGAGUCAACUGGAGAAAUGAAUUUUUUAUGGAAUCUAGUAAACGAGUUUAUUAAAGGAAAAGACUUAAACAUCAAGCGUUUACCUGUGGGAAUAAAAAAAAUCAAAACUGAAUUAUUUUGGCUCUCAGAUAAUCCAUUUUUAUUUUUCAAUAAUAUUUACAAUUCAAUUGCUGUCGAAUGCACAUUUUUUAAUUUUUCAAGUCUGAUUAAUGAUGAGUUGAUUGAAAUGAAUAUUGAAAAUAUUAUGGACUUCGUGUUUACAGAUAAAUGUUCUGAAGUAGUUAGACCUUCAUUAGUCAUCUGUGAAUGUCAUGAAUUUAUAAACAAUCAAAACCUAACUAGAGAUUUACUAGCUUCAGUAAAUUUAGAUAGCAACAUAGUAGAAAAUAAUUCUUAUUCAAUUUUGAUGGCUAUUAUUUUCUUACUUUAUAAUGACGAUAAACAAAUAUUUAAAGACAUUUCUAGUGUAGUUCAGAAAAUUGAAUGUGUUAAAGGUUUUUCACCUGAAAACGAUUAUUUAAAAUAUUACGGCUGUAGCGAGAAAUUUCAUGAUAACUUUAUCCAGAAAGAAAGUAAAAACUUUUUUUCUAUUUUACAAGCCACUAAAUAUAAUCAUUUCAUUCUACAACGUUUUAAUAUAUCUGAUUGUACAAACGCAAGUAAAGGUCAACAAGGUAAAAACUUUAGUUCUUUUUUUGAACUGAACAUUAAUAAACAGGUUGACUUGAUUUGUGCAAAGGAAACUAACAAAACCGACUUUUUAUUUCCAGCAUUCAAGUGUAACCUGGAACCGAAUAAAAUAGUUCACAAAUGUAUUAAAAGUAAAACAUUCCAUAAAUAUUUCAUUAAUUCUAUAUGCGAAGAUAACUCACACUUACAAAACUGCGAAAAUUUUAUUUGUCCUAAAGGAUUUAUUAAAUGUCCAAAGUCUUUUUGUAUUUACACAACGUAUCUCGCUGAUGGCAUUCGAGACUGUCCGUUUGGUGAAGAUGAAUUCAAGUUUAACGAUCUUGUACCUGUAGGGAUCGGUAAGGUUUCAUUCAAGGUAGAAGAAAACUGUAUUGAUCCUUUCAACGAUUUAAAUUAUAAAUUAAUAGCCCUAUUCCUUAAGGGUUUAACUUUUCUAUGUGAUCCACCAUGUCCAAAAAAUUAUUUCUGUGUUUCUAACAGAGUUCAAAAAAACAAAACAGAUAACAUUGAGUUUUUUAUUACAUUUAAAGCAGGGAUAUAUAACAAUUCCAGAUUAAUUGUCUCCAGUGAUUUUUUUGUGUCAAUGUCUCCUAUUGUUCAGAUUGUUGCCUUUUAUGGAUCUUUUUGCAAGAUAUCAAACUAUGACUACUCCUUUCAAUAUUGGAAAUUUUCAAAGCUUAUUUUAUUAGAUUUGAGUUAUAAUGAGUUAAUCAGUAGUAAUGAUUUGAGAUUAGUACAAGCUUUAAGCAAUUUGAAAGUGUUGAAUUUUUCUCACAAUGAAAAUUUAACGAUAGAUCAAAAUUUUGUUUUUCCGACAUCCUUAGAAAUUAUUGAUUUAUCAAAUACAAAAACAUCAUCACUAAAAUUGAAUGUCUUUGAAAAUGUAAGUUUUCUAAAACACUUAAAUCUAAGUCAUACUUUAGUUUCUAUGUUUCAAGAUCUGGGAAUACCGGAAUACUUUACACUAGAAACUUUAUACAUAGAGAAUGUUGAGAUGACAAAUAUUCAAAAAAAUUUUUUCCGAGGUCUUACUAUAAAGUCUGAGUUACGAGCUAGUGAUUAUAAACUUUGUUGUCCACAAAUAUUAAAUCCAAAUAUUUCAGCAGACAAAUGUCAUGCACCUGUAGAUGCCAUCUCUUCAUGUAAACAUCUUGUUGGUGACAUUCUAAAGAGAAUUACCAUCUGGACCGUAAGUGUUGUAACUUUAAUUGGAAAUGGUAUUGUGCUGGUUUAUAGAAUUGGAUGGAACAGAGAGAUAUUUAAAAAAGCUCAUGGACUGUUUGUAUCUGGUCUGGCUGUUUCAGAUUUUAUUAUGGGCCUGUAUUUACUAUUAAUAGCUUCAGUAGAUAUUCAAUAUGAAGAUAUUUAUGUAUUAGAAGAUGUCAAAUGGAGACAUAGUGCUUUGUGUAAAUUUGCAGGAUUUCUGUCAACAGUCUCAAGUGAAACUUCGACAUUUUUUAUUUGUCUGAUAACAAUAGAUCGAUUCUUGAAAAUUACGUAUCCAUUCGGUCAACACAAAUUUACAAAAAUCGGAAAAAUUUUAUCUUUUACAUUGGUUUGGUUCUUUGGUUUUCUAUUGGCUCUAAUUCCUAUUACAUCUACUGAAUUGAAUAUUUAUUCUUCUAAUGGUUUGUGUUCAGCUAUGCCUUUGGGAUUUAGAAAACAUAAUGGCUGGGUUUUUUCUUUUAUUGUGUUCGUGAUUUUUAAUUUUAUCCUGUUUCUUUUUAUAGCAAUUGGUCAAAUUUUAAUUUUUGUUAACAUUGUCAACGUUAGAAAAAAUGUGAAUAGCAUGCAAAUCAAUGGCAGUAGAAGGAAUAAUGAUUUAAAUAUAGCUAAAAAACUAGCUUUUGUUGCACUGACAGAUUUUAUGUGCUGGUUUCCUGUUGGAAUACUUGGAUUUCUUUCAUUAAAUGGUCACAUCUUUGAUCGUGAAGUUUACGCCUGGAUCGCAGUUUUUGUAAUGCCUGUCAAUUCUGCUCUUAAUCCAAUUAUUUACACAGUUCCUAUCAUUCUUAACAACUGUCUAAUGCAAAUUAGGCUUUAAAAACGUUUUAUUACAUUGUCUUAGCAUUAACAGAUUUAGAAAAAAAAAUCUUGUAAUGUUUGUUGGGAAUAAAUCUAAAUUUAAUUUCUGAUAGGAACUAAAAUCAAUACAAUUUUAUAUUGUGUAAUAUUGUGUGCGCAUUUACAAAUGUGUAUAUUAAUAUAUAAUCUCUCCCAUUUUAUUUUUAAAAUUUGAAUUUUAAUUUAAACUUAUUAAAAUUUGUGUUGUACUUUGUAUAUGUUUUUUUUUUAUAAAAUUAAGAGAUAAGUUUGGUAAUGCACAAAUUGUAAGACAAAUUUCCUUACGGAUAAUAAAGAUUAUUAUUAUUAUUAUUAUUAUUAUUAUUAUAAAAACUUGUACCCAAUAAGUAAGUAUUGAAGGCAACCUGUGUAAUAAUAGGUUAAUUAAACAUAAAAAAGACAUAGAAAUCAAACUUUAUAUCCAAUUUUUAGGUCUCAAUCUAGACAUAUUACAGAUUCAUUGAAAAUAUGUGGCUUUAGAACUAAGAGAGUCUGUGCUGCCAAAACAUAUGUUAACUGUCUUCUUUAGAGUACAUAUUUUUGUUUAUCUCUUUAUGAUAUUAGUAACGCUUUCAGAUAUUAAGAGAUAUUAAGAGAUUAAGAGAAAAUAAUUAGAUUUUUAUUUUUAUUACCAGUAAAACACGUUGUAAGCUAACCGAGUUUGAACCUAAUAAUUUUUUGUCAAAAUAGGAAGAGCAUUUUACAUGUCGAGGCAAACAUCUGUAUUAAUCAUCAAUGUAGGCCUCCUUCAGCCAUAGAACGACCAUGGUACAUCCUAUAGGACAUUUUUGUUCAUGUGUUUGUGGGGCCCUAUGUCUAGAGAGGCAUUCUUGUCCACAUGUCACGCAGGUUAAGGUUGCAUUGACUUAGGUGGUAGAGGAUCAGUAAGGUAGCUUAAUGUAUAAUUCAACAAAUUAUUACUACUUUUGUUAAAACCAUUAUAAAGAUCAAUCAUUUAUGAAAACAUAUAUUGAUGUGUAUCUACAUUGAAAGUUGUCAUUGUUCUAUUAUAAUUAAUGUAGCACAUGUUAACAUUAUAUUACGUAUUUCGAGUAUAUUUUAUUUGCUAAAACAUAUUGCUGACGUGUAUAUAUAAAUAUACAUAUUUGUCUGCAUCGCUUGAAUUUAAUCUUCCUUGACCACGUACAUGACGUUUGUUUUUUUUGUUGUUUCUUUUUCAAAACCUUAACAACCCAUUCUUAAGACACGACCACAAUUGACCACUUUGACCACUUGUUAGGGAUUUGGGAAAAAACGUGUAUCCAAUUCGUUCCCAGUAAAUUGCUGCUGCUGAAUGUGGCGGCGGCUGUUGAGUAACGAAAUUUAAUAAGGCACAACUUUGUUUUAAAAGAAAUGCCUCCUCCCCUUUUUGUUUGCGCUUUGACUCAGAAGACUCAAAAUAACGCCUGGACAUUUUCAUCAAAAUGAAGCAACAAUGGUCUUCAAACAUACAGACUAAUAAGUGAAUACGUUGAGUAAGAGUAGAGAUAUAAAGCUCUGAUGUGUUUGACAUUUGAUCCAUGUUUGUCAAUUGUUUUUCUAAAAAAUUUGUUUAGGUCCUUAGCGAAGCCUUCACCCAUCAGAGGCUCUAGGCGGCUGCUUAGUUUAGACGUACCUAAGGGUGGCCUUAGGAAUAAUUUAGUUUUGCGUUUAAAUACCUUAUUUAUUAUAAAUUAUCAACACUGAGAAUGUACAUCAUAUUAACUUUCGUGUACGAUUUUUAAGUAUUUUAAAGCAUAAUUAUUCAUAAUAUGUUAUGAUGUAGCCAUAUCUAUUACGUAUUUUAAUAUUUAAACAUUUUAAACAGAUUUUUUAUGACCUUCCCUGUAUGCAUUAGCAAACAUAACCAUAUGUAUUUAUAUAAAAAUGUGAGAUUUGUUAAUGAUUUUAUUUAUGGGUUUUAGACAUUUUGUGAUUGUAACAAUUUCUAGUGAAAUGUCUGCUAAUGUUUGUGCAUAUUUUUUUACUAGCAUAAUUACAUUUUGUAAUUUCAUAUUAAUCAUAUAAUUGAUAAUUAUUUUUAUUUUCUAUAAUGUAUAGAAUAAAUUUCUCUGUAUUCGUUAUAAUAACUUAAGUCGAAUGUUUAUUUUUAACUAUAUUGUGCUUUUUUUUCUGAUGCAUGCUAGAAUUAAAGUAUUCAUUGAUUAAGCUUUUUUUUAGAUGUUUAUCAUGUGUAUGUUGUUUUUUUGUAUUUUGGUCCCGGUUCAUUGACUCACCCAGUGCGUCAUAAUAAUAAUAAACGAAUUGAAGUUGAAUAUCAAGCUUUAUGUUCCACUUCCUGAUUCCUAAAUUUUAAAUUACAGUUUUAUAAAGCAUAAAGUAAAUGAUAAUCGUUACAUUUUUCCAAAACAUAAAUUAAAUAGAUACUUUUUCACAGCAUGAGAGGCAGUGUAGAGGUGGAGGGGGGCGGGGGGAAUCAAAGCAGAUACUAAACAAAAGACACCAUAUCAUAGCUAACUUUCCAAACAGAAAGACUAAAGACUGCAGUGUUUCUACUAACAGAAUAACACCUGGAGGUGGGCUUAAGACAUUAUUCUACUGUUAAACUUACUCUCGGUUGGUCCGCUACGUCCCCUUGGAUUGAACCCUCGCGAGUGCUUCAAAAAGCACCAUACACAAAUAAAUUUUCAAAAAAUAAACAUUCAGACAUCAUGUUUGGAACAUUUUUUAUUGUCAUAAAUAAA